AAAAAAAAGCUACAUGCAUUAAAAUCGAGUAACCCAGUGGAGCCGCAUUGCGUCACCGGCCUGCUGUGUCCGUGUUAUUGGAAAACACGCGUGUCUGUGUGAGGAAGUCACGUGAUGGUGUUGAAACGCAGAACUCGCCCCGGCGAACGAGAAACGGCGUGGCUUAGUUGCAAUAUUAUAGUGAAGAGUUAGCGUAACAUUGCUUCAUAACAAACAUUUAACGUAGUUUUGUUUUGUGAGAAGCUGGUUCAGGAAGUAGACAGAAAAGCAGCCCACGGACGCACUGAACAACUUUUAAAAAAUGAGGUGCUUUAGGUUUAGAGUAAAAAACAGCGAAGAGCAGCAUGGUCGAACCCGAGCCCAAACUUCAGUUCCAGCUCUCCAUGCUGAUUUUUAACCAGAGAAAGAGGAGGAAGAAACGCUUGGUUUGAAACCCACAGAUAAGGGAGGCUGUGUCGCGCAGAGAGAGAGAGAGAGAAAGUAAGAAAGAGAGACGCAAGCUUCUAGAAAGCGGACAAUGGCUUUCGGUCCCUACCAGCUGCAGCUGCUGGAGAGGAGGCCAGAGCUGGUCUCGGAUUGGAGCAAGGAGAUUGAGACCAUCCUGGACGCUUUGCAGGGAAAGCGCAUCAUUACGGAGGAGGAUCUGAGCCGAAUUAAUGGCGACAGUUUGGGGAAAAGGGACAAAAUGAGAAAUCUGCUGGAUGUGCUGCAUGGAAGGGGGGAGGAUGCCUGUAGCGGCUUCGUUGCUGAACUGAAAAUCUUAGCCUGUGUCAAAUCUGAGCCUCCCAGCGCCAAUGGCAGCUGCUUCAGCAAGAGAGCUCCGUGCACGAUGCAGAGUAAUGCAGAGCUCAGGAGUGAGGACACCCAAGUGGAUAAGCCAGACGAGAUAAACCAAGGUACUGGAAUGCUGGAUUCGAUGCGGGAGGCUGAAAGCCAGCUGAGCCCUCUGAAGAAGCACCAGGAGAUUCUAGCGAAUGACUACGGGAAGGUUGUGGAUUAUAUAAGCACGAGCCGGCAAAGCGAGGACCUGGAGGAGAGGUACACAGACAUCACUGUCACAAGAAAGGAGAGCUACGCGGAGCAGAGGCAGCACGAGGUGACGGAGGUGGGCAACGCCUUCAAAAAACUGGAGUGGGAAUCUUCAGGGAACCUGUGCGAGUUCAGGACCAUUUUCCGGAAUUUGCUGCAGCUGGACGAAGGCGUCACUCUGCUCUGUGGAGUGGCUGGCAGCGGGAAAACAACCGUCACCAAAAAGCUCAUCCAAGAAUGGGCUAAAGACCCUCAGCCUGCUAAGAUUGUCUUCGUCUUUACUUUCCGAGAGCUGAAUCUCAUCACUGACCCCAAAAGCUUGAAGGAGCUGCUCUCCUCUCACUACAGCCACCUGAAGCCAGUUCUGAGUCAAAUCUUGACCGAUCCCUCCCGAAUCCUCUUGAUCCUGGACGGGUUGGAUGAGUUCCGAUUCCCCUUGGUAUUUGAGAAGACCCCGAAAUGCACAGAUCCGGAUAUUCCCCAAAGGGUCAGCGAGGUGGUGGUGAAUCUGCUCAACCGAAACCUGUUGCCUGGUUUGUCCGUCCUCGUCACUUCCAGGCCUCACGCCGUCUGCAAAAUCCCGCAGAAACACGUCGGUAAUUUCUACAAGAUCUUGGGCUUUUCCGAGUCCCAGCAGAAGGAGUACUUCCGCAAGUGUAGUCCGACUCCAGAGGCGGCCGAGGAGAUUUGGGGUUACAUCUCGGCCCACCGACCUCUCUUCCUGAUGUGCCACAUUCCGGCUUUCUGCUGGAUCACUGUGACGGCCCUGCGAGAGAAGGUGGCUUUCAAGGAAACGAGAGAAAACCUGGCCACCGUCACCGAGAUCUACUGCAGGUUCCUCAAAGCCAUACUGGUGUUUCACGGAGACCAAAAAGCCGGUUCGCACAUCCAGAGCCUGCUGGCUGCCCCGGAAUCCUUGAGCAGCUUGAGGAGGCAUCUCAAGGACUUGGGUGCCCUGGCUUUCAAAGGGUUAAUAGAGAAGAGGUUUAUAUUCGACCAGGCUGACCUGAGCAGCUUCUCGGUGGACCAGGGUGGCUUGUCCUGCAUGUUUCUGGUGGAGAUCUUGAAGGAGGACCAAGACCGCUUCACCUACGAGAGGAGCUAUCACUUCGUCCACACCAGCCUGCAGGAGUUCUUCGCUGCUCUUUAUUAUGUGCUGGAGUCCCACACCGGCAGGGAUCCCUUCUCCUGCCUCAAACCCGCUCCCCUCCCAGACCCCUGGGGUCUCGUGGCCAGGGCUCGCAGGCUCCUGGGAGUGAGGAAGGUCCUCAGGAAGAGAGUGAAGGAGGUCUUCUGCUGGAGCCACCAGCUGCAGUCUGGACACCUUGACCUCUUCUGCAGGUUUCUGUCGGGUCUGCUGGUGCCCAGAACCAGCCGAAUCCUGGAAGGGAUCUUCUCCCCCCGGCAGAUCGAAGCCACGCUCUGCCUCCAGUUCCUCUUCAGGCUGCUGCAGAAGCAGCUGAGCAGCGCGGCCCUGUCCCCCGAGCGGCUGGUGAACGUGUGUCACUGCCUGUACGAGGCCCAGGACCCCGCUAUCAGGGACAGGGUGGGCCGGCUGCUGGAGCGGGCCUCCCAGGGAGAGGAGGAGCGCCGCCCCGGGGACUGGACAGAGAUGGCCUUCCUCCUGCAGAUCACCAGCGCCCUGGAGGAGCUGGACCUGGAGAACAGAGGGCUGGGGCCGGAAGGGGUCCGCCGGCUGCAACCAGUGCUGCCCUUCUUCAAAACACUCAGGUUUGGACAGAAUCCCCUGGGAGCUGAAGGAGCCGCCCUGCUCGCUGAGGUGCUGAAGAGCCCAGACUGCAAGAUCGAGAGGCUGUGGGUGGUGGGGACAGGUCUGGGAUCGGAGGGGGUUGCGAUGCUGUGUGAGGGACUGCUGAAGAACAGCAGCGUGGUGGAUUUGAGGAUGGCCAUCAAUAACAUCGGUGACGAGGGCGCUGCCUCUCUCGCGGAAGUGCUGAAGAGAAACAAGACUUUAAAAGACAUCAGGUUACGUGACAACAUGAUCACAGACCCAGGGGCGGAGCUCUUAAUGCAGGCUCUGCAGGAGAACAGCACUCUGGAGGACCUCUGGCUCUACGACAACAAAAUUUCCAAAAACGGAGUCCGAGUGCUAAAGGAGUUUGCAAAGGCUCGGGAGGGACUGGACAUCAAGAUCUGCACCUGACUCACUAACAUCACUGGAACCUGCUCAGACCCUGCCCCCUGACACCACUGGAACCUGUGCUCAAGCCCCGCCCCCUGACACCACUGGAACCUGUGCUCAAGCCCCGCCCCUAACAUCACUGGAACCUGUGCUCAAGCCCCGCCCCCUGACAUCUCUGGAACCUGUGCUCAAGCCCCGCCCCCUGACAUCACUGGAACAUGGGCUCAAGCCCCGCCCUCUGACAUCACUGGAACAUGGGCUCAAGCCCCGCCCCCUGACACCACUGGAACCUGUGCUCAAGCCCCGCCCCCUGACACCACUGGAACCUGUGCUCAAGCCCCGCCCCUGACAUCACUGGAACCUGUGCUCAAGCCCCACCCCCUGACACCACUGGAACCUGUGCUCAAGCCCUGCCCCUGACAUCACUGGAACCUGUGCUCAAGCCCCGCCCCUGACACAGUUUACCAUGGUGUUUUUUAAUACUCUUUACAGUACCUCUCUGGACUUCACAAUGCUUCCCUGUGCUUUACCAGGCUUUCACUCUACUUUAUUAUACUUUGCUAUGAUUUGACUAUGGGGGCUGGUUUGCUCUUUCUUAAUAACUAGCUUCCCUGCGGAUCCCCGAUGUCUCCCAUACGAGAUUAUUCAUGACACUCCCAUCUCCACACCAGCCAACCAUGCAUACACUGAUGUGCACCCACUACAGUGCAAUCCGCUCGAGAUUCUGUUCAGAGCAGACAGAGAGCCAGCGUUCACUGGCCAGGCUGGAGAGGGUUCUAAAAGCAUUGCAAUUCAAAUGAUGCUUGAUAACUAUAGGUUAGAAGUCAGGUUGAACGCCCUUGUUAGCGUUGGCUCUGUGAUUGCUGUGAGCUCAGAGAGUCCUUGCACAGGAGGAAGAGUUGCUGCUUACAAAGCACCCAGUCUGACAGGCUCCAGUACAGAAUCUCCUUCACUUUGUGGAUCUGCGUUUUAUUGAAAUGAUGUUGCUUUGUGUUUUGUGGUCGUGAAAAGUAAGGGACUCGGACCACUGCUUCAGCCAACCACAGUGCAAGCGUCCCUGCAGAGCUCUGCCACUGCAGUGCAUGACGGAGCAGGGAGACACUGCCAUUGCAACGUGCCAGAGUGUGAUCAUGGUUAAUGCACCCCCUGUGCCACCUGCUUACACAAUGUACUGCAAGAUCUAUUUAAAUGGUUCCUUUUAAUGUUACUAACUUAUAGAUAAAAUUGCUGUUUCUUUCUGUAAACCGUUAAAUUAUGUUUUUUUUUAAGUGUUAUUUCAUGUAAUAUAACAGGCACUGUAACUUAUGUUACCAAGCAUCAGCAAACACUAUUUAUUAAUUUUACAGUUUAAACUGAGAACGUUUGGAAGUCGUGUGAAGGUGCUGUUUGGUGUGUGACUGCCCUCUGGUGAGGUUUCUCAGCUAGUGCAGUUCAUUUCUAGAUGGUAUUGAUGUGGUACAUGGCCACAGCCCACAGAUAAAAACCUCCAACCUCCAUUUACUUCUAGGUUAUAUUUAUUUCUACGGGGAAUUAAUUCAGAAAUUGGGAAUUCCCAAGAGAUUUCAGAACGGUUCGGCCGAUAAUAAUUGCAGCAUUAAUAAUCAUGAUAUGCAAGUCGCGAUACAAUAUGCAUCACAACACAUAAUUCACCUAGAAAAUGUUUGUGCAUGCUGAAUUUAAUCAGUUUUUCUAUUCCAUAUAAAUGCAUUAGACACCUUUUUUUGUUUUGAAGAAAAGCACAGAAUUGAUAAUGCAUUUUUUUUUUUAACACUGCAGAAACUUUAUUGUUUUGUGUGCUCUGGAAACCAGAACAAUAAAUUACAAAAUAACUUAAAUAUAAUAAAGCAAGCAAUAAAUAAAAUGACCAAUACAAAAUAGAAAUCUCAUCGUAAAAAAAAUAAAUACAUUACUGUUUAAAAAAAGGUCGCACUGAGGAGUUAGCAGGCCAUCUGGUGUGACUGUAAAGUAAGAUUUUGCUUGGGUUCACAGUUUGCAAGUUGCAUCCGUGAUGUCUCACUGCUGGCUCCUGGAUUUGAGCAGGGUGAAGUCGCGCACCACCUUGCCCAGGUACUUCUCCAGAUCUCUCAGGAUGAUGGAGCCCUGCAGCUUGCUCAGCCACUCGCUCUGGGGGUUCAGCAGCUCGGGGGGCAGCACCUCCGCUGGUGGGGGCGGGAGUGUCACGUUCAUGGACCAGAGCUGGGGAGCGGAACACACAACAGCAGUGAGCACACAGUCACCCCGAAAUGAAGCUGCACACCGACGCGCGCUCUCAAAUCAAUAUGCUCCUGGCAGGGGGGUUCUGGGGGCCUUGUAAUAGUUCCCCAAAGUAAAAGCAUAGCAAAGUGUCAUAAAGCACAGUGAAAGCAUAGCAAAGUGUCAUAAAGCACAGUGAAAGCAUAGCAAAGUGUCAUAAAGCACAGUGAAAGCAUAGGGAUGCAUUGUAAAGCACAGUGAAAGCAUCGGGAUGCAUUGUAAAGCACAGUGAAAGCAGAGGGAUGCAUUAUAAAGCAAAGAGAGAUAUGGUAAAGCAUAUUAAUAAACAUGGCAGGCCAGGGUAAAUGCACGGUGAAAAUGCAAAAAUACCAUGGGGAACUUUUCUAAGGGAUGUCUGGGGGGGGAACCCCUCGAUGUUUAAAGCUAUAGCAGCGACUUCUACCGAACUAUCAACCAGCAUAAACAUUUCAGAUCAGUCCAACAAGACGUGAUCCGGGUUACAAGCUUUCUUACAAACGUCAGCUUGCACACAAACCAAUUCCAGAGUUCAGAUACAGACGUGCAUCUGAGCAAUUACUGUUCUUCAACAACCCUGAAGCCCGUCAGACGCUUUCAGGCUUAAUUUGUUUAUGGCACCAUUUUUAAAGUUUUUUUUUUUUUUUUUAGUUGCAGGGGACAUUUCCAAGAAAUUUCAUAAUUUGUGUAAAAGUCAAAAAGCAGUUUUGAUUUGAGCGAUUUGGAAAAGAACGUGAUUGAAAACGUUAACCUUUUAUAAUUAUUUGUUUAUUUAGCAGACCCUUUUAUCCAAGGCAAUUUACAGAGACUAGGGUGUGUGACCACCAGACCACACAGCCUCCUACAGCUGUUAUCACGCUGUUAUCACGCUGCUAUAGUAGAGAACAUAUCUUUGUCGCCACCUUUGUACCGUUUUCAGAAAGCAUAUCAGUAUAGUUUUAUCAGCUCUGCUUGUCUAAAUGACUAAAAGACAAACAUUUUCUUCUCUUUGGAUUUCCUUUAUAUAAUUAAACUGGAUUUUGCAGACUAUGGAAGGAUAUAACUGUAUAAUGAGCCCUUGAGAUUAUAUGAAAAUCCUCAGAAUGUGUGAAUCACUCGGAGAGUUCCUGGGUACUGUUUACUUCAGAUAUGCAAUAAUAAUACUAAUAAUACUAAUACAAAUAAUAAUAAUAAUAAUAAUAAUAAUAAUAAUAAUAAUAAUAUUUAUUGCCCUACUUUAUUGUAAAGUUCUAGAUAUAUUUUACAUUGUGCCCAGUAAUUUGAUUUGAGCAGUGAAUUCAUAAACAGCCUGGAUGGAA